AUGGCUCUCUGGGAGAGGAAUAACAGUACUAGUGCUCAAAAUGCAGUUGCAGAAGGAGGAGGAGAACAGGAUGAAGAAGUCUUACCUUUAACACUAGAACAGAAGGAAAACAAAGAUUACCUUAAAUCUUUGUUUGAAAUCUUGAUCCUUAUGGGUAAACAAAAUAUAUCCUUAGAUGGCCAUGAAACUGAUGAAAUUCCAGAAGGCCUAUUUAUGACAGAUAACUUCCAACAAGCUCUGCUUGAGUGUAGAAUUAAUGCUGGUGAUGAGGUUUUGCAGAAAUGCUUUGAGACAACAGCAGUUAACAUGCUGCUGUGCUCUAAAACCCAGCAAAAGCAAAUGCUGGAGAUCUGUGAGAGCUGCAUCCAAGAAGAGAUGCUCAGGGAAGUCCGGGAUUCUCACUUCUUUUCCUUUGUUACAGAUGAUGGAGUGGACAUAGCUGGAGAAGAGCACUUACCAGUGUUAGUCAAGUUUGUGGAUGACUCUCAUAACUUGAGAGAAGAAUUUAUAGGUUUUCUUCCUUAUGAAGCCAGAGCUGAAAUUUUGGCUGUUAAGUUUCAUACCACUAUUACUGAAAAAUGGCGCCUGAAUAUGGAGUACUGUGGGGGCCAGGCCUAUGUUGUCUCCAGUGGAUUUUCUUCACAGAUGAGAGUUGUGGCCAUGAGACUUUUGGAGAAAUAUCUCCAAACCGUCUACAACCUCUGUUCCUCCUGUGCCUUAAACACAAGGUUGGCAAAAUCCCUUCCUGUGGUGGGAGUAUCUGUUGCCGUGGGAGUAUCUGUUGCCUUGGGAAUAAUCGAAGAAGUUUGUUCUUUUUUCCACCGGUCACCACAGUUGCUGGUGGAACUUGAUAGUGUUAUCUCUGUCCUCUUUCAGAAUAGUGAGAAGGGGAAUGGGCUAAAGGAGAUUUGCUGUUCUCAAUGGACAGGCAGGCAUGAUGCCUUUGAGAUUUUAGUGGACCUUUUACAAGCACUUGUUUUAUGUUUAGAUAAUAUAAACAGUGACACAACUGUUAGAUGGGAUAACUUUAUUGCUGGCCGAUUUGUACUUGGUAGUGCAUUAGUAGAUUUUGAUUUCAUUGAUACGGGUCUGGUUCUAAAAAACAUACUCUCUUUUACAAAAGCCUUUGGGAAGAGUCUCCAGGGUCAGACCUCUGAUGUCUUCUUUGCAGUCAGCAGUUUGACAGCAGUGUUACAUUCUUUAAAUGAAGUGAUGGAAAAUAUCGAAGUUUGUCAUGAAUUUUGGUUUGAGGAAGCCACAAAUUUGGCGACUAAGCUAGAUAUAGAAAUUAAACUUCCUGGAAAAUUUCACAGGUCUCAGCAAGCUAACCUGGAACCUGAAGUGACGUCUGACAGCUACUACAAAGAGGUACUUAGUGUCCCAACUGUGGAGCACAUCAUUCCUGAACUAAAGGAUAUCUUCUCUGAACAACACGUCAAAGCACUGAAAUGUUUGUCUAUAGUACCCUCUGUCAUGGGACAGCUGAAAUUUAAUACAUCAGAGGAACACCAUGCUGAUGUGUACAAAAGUGACCUUCCUAAUCCAGACACACUUUCUGCAGAACUCCAUGGUUGGAGAAUCAAAUGGAAACACAGAGGAAAAGAUAUCGAGCUUCCAGCAACAAUUUAUGAAGCUCUGCAUCUGCCAGACAUCAAAUUUUUUCCUAAUGUUUACGCAUUGCUUAAAGUCCUCUGUAUACUCCCAGUGAUGAAGGUUGAGAAUGACAGGUAUGAAAAUGGUGGAAAAUGUCUUAAGGCAUACCUGAGGGAUCCUUUGACAGCACACCGUUCGAGUAACUUGGCUUUGCUUAACAUAAACUUCGAUAUAAAACAUGACUUAGAUUUAAUGGUAGAUACUUACAUCAAACUCUACACGAGAAAAAGCCAUGCCACCAUCAUCAGUGGGUAUGCUACCACAAUGACGAACCCUGAUGAGGUCAAAGAAAAUUUCUGUGAAAAUCUGGAGCCCCUCAUCACCAAUGUAUCAAAAGAGGACAAACAUAAUUCUGGAUGA